GUUCAGACAUCAACGAAUGUGUUCGUGGGAUACACAAAUGCAGCUCUGAUGCGUUUUGCAACAAUACCAAAGGUUCAUACAAUUGCACAUGCAAAAAUGGAUUCACGGGAAAUGGACGAGAAUGUAAAGAUAUCAACGAGUGUCUUGAAAUGUUACACACCUGCAGUCCUCAUGCAUUUUGCUAUAACACCAAAGGGGCAUACAAUUGUACAUGUAAACAUGGACUUACUGGAAAUGGACGAGAAUGUAAAGGAGGUUCCUCGUGUAAAGAAAUUCAUGGCAUAUCCAAUGUGAGUGGUGUGGUUACCCUUCUUGUUGACUCCCAACCAUUGUCCGUUUUCUGUCACAUGGGAAAUUUUGGGUGUGGAGAUGGAGGAUGGACACCAGUCAUGAAGAUUGACGGCAGAGAGACCACCUUCCAUUAUGAUAAGCAUUACUGGACAAAUUACGAAGGAUACAAUAUUCCCGGAGGAAAAACUGGGUUCGACGGACAAGAAUCAAAGUUACCCACCUACUGGAACACAUCCUUCUCCAAGAUCUGUCUUGGUAUGAAGAUCGACCAACAGCUCAGGUUCAUCGUCAUCCACAAGCAAGCUGACUCUCUGUACUCACUGAUUGCUGAUGGCCAAUACCACGCCACCCCACUGGGUCGUGACAAGUGGAAAGAGUUGAUUGGUUCCCAAGGCUCAUUACAGAAAAACUGCAACAAAGAAGGGUUCAAUGUCGUUUGUAGUUCGACAGGAUAUUCUAAAGCCAGAAUUGGCAUUGUAAGCAACGGCAGGAAUGAGUGUGACUCGUGCGAUUCAAGGAUCGGAUUUGGCACGGGCGGGAGGCCUGACAAUUUAAACACGUGCGGUAACGUGGCCGGUGUUUCUCCAGAUAAUGGAUACAAAAACAUCAAGGCCAUGGGAUACAUCUUGGUACAAUAA